AUGACACAACAAAAUGAUGUCGAGAUGGCAAAUCUCGACUCUAAAACAACCAAGAAAAAGAUCAAAAAGGUUGAAAAGGAAGUACCAGGGUUUGGUGGUCGUCCAAGCCCGGAGGAGAAAGCUAAUCCAUUGUCUAGAUUAACGUAUUGGUGGGCAGACAGUUUUGUUUGGUUCUGUUUCCGCCAUGUAUUACAAAUUCACCAUCUUCCAGAUUUAGCUACGUUUGAUAGAUCAUCUACCAUUGUUAAAAAGAUGGAAGAACAAUGGAAUUUGGAAUUAAAGAAACCACAACCAUCAUAUACAAAAGCAGCAGUGAGAGCAUUUGGACCAUAUUUUGCAAUUAGUUGGAUAUUCUAUGCAAUCUAUGCAGCUUCACAAUUUGUCGGCCCAGAAUUACUCAGUCGUAUGGUUAUCUAUGUAACCGAGGUUAGAUUGAUGGAUGCUGGUGUACCAGGUGUAGAUGUCGACGUUAAUAUGGGUUAUUAUUAUGCAGUUGCCUUGUUUGGGUCUGCUAUGAUUGGUUCAUUUUGUCUAUACCAAUCCAAUAUGAUUAGUGCUCGUGUAGGUGAUUGGAUGCGUUCAGCUAUUGUUUGUGAUGUUUAUAGAAAAUCACUUCGUCUUAGUAAUGAUGCAAGAGCAUCAACAUCACCAGGAGAAAUUGUCAAUCUUAUGAGUAACGAUGCUCAACGUAUGGUAGAAGUAUUUUUAUUGAUCAAUAAUGGUGUCUUUGCGCCAUUCCAAAUUAUAGUUUGUAUUGUAUUGAUGAAUCGUGCAAUUGGAUGGCCUACAUUUAUUGGGUUGGCACUCAUGCUUUUCAUGGCACCACUCAAUGGUGUAGCUGCCAAGAAAUUGACAGAGAUUCGUCGUGCUAUGAUUGCCUAUACCGAUGCGCGUGUCAAAACAACCAAUGAAAUCCUACAAGCCAUUAAAAUCAUUAAAUUGUAUGCAUGGGAAGACAGUUUUGCCAAAAGAGUAUUAGAAAAACGUGGUCUUGAAAUUAAAUAUCUUUAUAAAUUCUCUUAUGUUAGAGCAGGAUUAAUUUUUAUUGUUGCAGCUGUACCUACAAUGGUGAGUGUAUUGGUAUUCUCUACUUAUUAUGGAUACAACAAGACAUUGAAUGCGGCCAAGAUCUUUUCAGCAUUGGCUUAUUUAAAUAUUCUUCGUUUGCCACUUGGUUUCCUUCCCAUUAUCAUUGCAUUGGUCGUUCAGUUGCAAAUUGCAACUGGUAGAAUCGGUCAGUUCCUCCAGAACCCCGAAAUUGUUCCACUUUUAGAACCAACAGAUCCCACUAAACCCGUUGGUGUAUACAUUGAUAAUGGUAGAUUUACAUGGGGUAAAAAGGAUGCUGAUAAGACUGCUGGUGGUGCAACUGGAGCUGAACAAGCACCUGCCAAACGUGGUGGUAAAAAGAAAAAGGGUAAAAAGCAACAGCAGGCUGCAGGAGGAGAGGUCGCAUCUACUACACCACAACAACAAAUGGUUGGAGUAGGAGGACCAGAUGUAGACGGUAGCACGGUGACAGGAGGAUCAUUCUUGUCGGAUGGAGAGAAAAAGGAAUUCACAUUGAGCGACAUUACAUUGUCGUGUACUGGACCGACCUUAACAAUGGUGGUUGGUAGUGUUGGUAGUGGCAAGUCGUCGUUGUGUCAGGCAAUGCUCGGAGAGAUGAACUCUAUCGAUGGGUCGGUUGCUGUGCGUGGUAAGAUUGCGUAUGUCGCACAACAAGCCUGGAUCAUCAAUGCAUCGCUGCGUGACAAUAUCGUGUUUGGAUCAGAGUUUGAUGAAGUCAAGUAUCAACGUGUUCUACAGGCAUGUGCAUUGGAACGUGACAUUGAACUCUUUCCACAAGGUGAUUUGGUAGAGAUUGGAGAACGUGGUGUCAACUUGAGUGGUGGUCAAAAGCAACGUGUCUCGAUUGCUAGAGCUGUCUACAACGAUGCAGACAUUUAUAUUCUCGAUGACCCAUUGUCAGCUGUCGAUGCACAUGUAGGCAAACACUUGUUUUACAAGACUAUCACCGGUAUACUAAAGUCAAAGACUGUUAUCUUGGCAGCCAACCAACUCAACUAUCUACCAUUCGCCGACAACGUCAUUGUCAUGAACCACGGUUACAUUAGCGAGCGUGGAACCUACCAACAAAUCAUGGAGAGCAAACAAGAGUUCUCUAAACAACUUGAAGCUUACGGUAUCGACGAUACUGUUCGCGAGCAAAAUGGUGGUAGUUCAACUCCUGCAGAAUCUGAAGAGUUGACUGUUGGUGUUGACAAGAAUGCAGUAGUUGUACCACCUGUUGCUGUCUCUACUAAACAAGAUUCAUCAUUAGUUAUAAUGGAAGAAGAGAAAUCUAAACCAAAAGAGAAAGCAGAACUUAAAAACAAAGAUGGUAAACUCAUUUCACAAGAGGAACGUGAGAGUGGGUCAGUUUCACUCAAAAUUUAUUUCAAGUAUUUUGAGAGUGGUGGACUACUCUUUUUUGCAUUUGUAUUUGUUCUCUUUUUGUUUGAUACUGGUACACGUACAGUUACCGAUUGGUGGUUGUCUCAUUGGUCAAACGAACAGCUAACAGGCAAUGACUCGGGACUGUCAGAUGUACAAUACCUCUACAUUUACAUUGGUAUUGGUGUAGGAUCGGUACUCAUCUCUGGUGCACGUAAUAUCUUUUACUUUACCUAUACUGUCAAAGCAGGUCUUGUACUACACAACCAAUUGUUUAAAGCUUUGUUAAGAGCACCCAUGUGGUUCUUUGACACUACUCCGUUGGGUCGUAUCAUCAAUCGUUUUACUCGUGAUCUUGACGGUAUCGACAAUUUGCUAGCACCGGCACUCAGUCAGUACUUGGUGUUCUUUACAACGGUCGUCGCCACCCUUAUCAUCAUCUCGAUCAUCACACCGUUCCUUUUGGUUCCACUUGCACCCAUCAUCAUCAUCUACUACAUCUUACAGUAUUUCUAUCGUUUCACUAGUCGUGAGUUACAGCGUCUCGAGUCGAUCUCUAGAUCACCCAUUUUCGCACACUUUGGUGAGACGUUGUCUGGUGUGCAGACCAUCCGUGCCUACCGCCAACAAGACAUCAACAUUGUAUCGAACCAGACCAAGCUAGACACCAACAACAACUGUUAUCUCACACUCCAAGCCAUGAACCAGUGGCUCGGUCUCCGUCUAGAUGUGCUCGGUAACCUUGUCAUCUUUUUCGCCGCCGUCUUUAUUACUGUCGACCGUGGCAGUAUCUCACUCUCCAACAUUGGUCUCUCUCUAUCCUACGCUCUCUCGAUCACGGGUAACCUCAACAGAGCUACACUCCAAGGUGCCGAUCUCGAAACCAAGAUGAACAGUGUAGAACGUCUCGUACACUAUAUCAACGGACCCGAGGAAGCUCAACAAGUCAUUGAAACAUGUAGACCUGAAAAAGAGUGGCCUCAACACGGUCAAAUCACCUUCGACAACCUUGUCAUGCGUUAUCGUGAGGGAUUGGACCCCGUCCUCAAGGGCAUCAGCUGCAACAUCCUCCCUCAAGAAAAGAUCGGUAUCGUCGGUCGUACAGGUGCCGGCAAGAGUUCCAUCGUACUCGCUCUCUUCCGUCUCAUCGAAGCUUCCGAAGGUCGUAUCCUCAUCGACGGCAAAGACAUCGCUCAAUACGGUCUCAAAGAUCUCAGACGUAACCUCAGUAUCAUCCCUCAAGACGCUGUCAUGUUCUCUGGUACUCUUCGUGACAAUCUCGAUCCAUUCCAAGAAAGUACUGAUGAACAACUUUGGGAUCUCCUUGAAAAGACUCAAUUAAAGAAAGUUGUCCAAGAAAUUGAAGGUGGUCUUUUAUCAAAGGUUACAGAGAAUGGUGAUAAUUGGUCUGUUGGACAACGUCAACUUAUUUGUCUUGGUCGUGCUCUUUUACGUAAACCAAAGAUCCUCGUCCUAGAUGAAGCAACUGCCUCGGUUGAUUCAAAUACAGAUUAUCUAAUUCAAAAGACUGUAAGAGAGAAUUUCAGUGAUUGUACCAUUUUGACCAUUGCUCACCGUCUCAAUACUAUUAUGGAUUCUGAUCGAAUUAUGGUUAUGAAUGCUGGUCUCAUCGAAGAAAUGGAUACCCCACACAAUCUACUUCAAAAUCAAUCAUCAUUGUUAUCUUGGUUGGUUGAGGAGACGGGCGCUCAAAAUGCAGCACUCUUACGUAAAAUGGCUGCUACCAAAUCUUUAAAUGUUGAUUUAUUAAAUACUCCAUCAACUCCUCAAUUAGGAAGAGACCAACAACCUGAAAAUACCAACAACAACAAUAUUGUUGCUCCUCCCACUGACAACAACAAUAUUGACAACAACAACAACAACAACAAUAUUGUUGCUCCUCCUCCCUCUGACAACAACGAAAAUAAUAAUAACGACAAUAAUUAA